GGAGCGAUUUAGAUACAGAGGACCAGAAUUUCCGUUCAAUAUUCCAAUGAUGCCACAAUCUCCGAUGCCAUCACAAACGACAACAACGCAAGUAACAAACACCACACAACCUCCUCACACUAGGCUUUACAAUCCGAGACUGGUCCCACCCCUGGGUAUACCAACAUUCAACUUUAGCAGAGAGGAGUUAGAUAUGGUAUUGUAUGGAUAUACACAGAACAAAGUGGACAGAUGUAAAGGACAUGCAUUGUCAGGCAUUAAAAGUUUGGACCUCAGUCACGGGAUUGAUCGAAUCCUGACAGGAAAUAGUCCGGUAAAGUCAGAGAGUUCACCUCCAGUUCCAAAUAUCAAACCAUUAGAUCUCUCGGGAUUGGACAUACCAGAUGGCUUGACAGUCUUACAAACAUUGUUUGCUAGAACCAUUCAUUAUGGCGUGUUUUGUACAUCUACCGUAAUAUCACGUGGUACUAAGUUUGGACCAUUCAAAGGAAAAACAGUUAACACAAGUGAAGUAAAAAGUAACGACGAUAACUCUUACAUGUGGGAGGUUUUCUAUGAAGGCAAGCUUAGUCAUUUUGUUGAUGGACGUGGUCCCACAGGUGGGUGGAUGUCUUUUGUAAACUGUGCAAGGUAUGCACAGGAGCAGAAUUUGAUCGCUAUGCAAGUUGACGGAGACAUAUUUUAUGAAGUAUGUAAAGAUAUACCACAUGGCACAGAACUAUUGGUUUGGUACGGAGACUGUUACCUGCAGUUCAUGGGAGUACCCGUUUCAUUGAAAGAAAUGGCGGAUGGCGGCGUUCCCGAUGAAUUAAAUACAAGUGAAGGAUUUACCUGUGAAAGAUGUGGGAAGGUGUUCGCUUACAAGUAUUAUCGAGAUAAGCAUCUGAAGUAUACUCGGUGUGUUGACCAAGGCGACAGGAAAUUUCCAUGUCAUCUAUGCACUAGGUCAUUUGAAAAAAGAGACCGGCUUAGAAUUCAUAUACUACAUGUACAUGAAAAACAUAGGCCACAUAAAUGUGUUGUUUGCGGGAAAAGUUUCAGCCAGUCCUCAAGUCUUAACAAACACAUGAGGGUGCACAGUGGGGAACGUCCAUAUAAAUGUGUAUAUUGUAACAAAGCAUUUACAGCAUCUAGUAUUCUGCGUACACACAUACGUCAACAUUCGGGAGAAAAACCAUUCAAGUGUCGACAUUGUGGUAAAGCUUUUGCCUCACAUGCCGCACAUGACAGUCAUGUGAGACGAACCCACAUGAAAGAUAAACCUUGCCCAUGUGGAAUUUGUGGCAAGAAUUUUCCACAUACGUAUGAGCUUAAAUUACACAUGGCUUCACAUCAUCAUAUAGAAUAGACAGUUCGGUAAGACCGUUAAAAAAUGUUGACAGGAACAAAAAGUGCUAAACAGUAGGCGAAUAGUGUGAUUG